GGCGAUGCCGAUGGCACAGGACCUUCCGUAUCCAGCAGAACUAGUUCAAGUUGCGCGCCUUGCAGCUUACGUUCAAACUGGUGAAGAUGUGUCAGGCGGAUUUUUUUAGUCUGUAAAUUUUCGGACUCGUAUCUGGUGACUGGUGCGAAAUGUGUCAUUAGAACGUGUUCAUCACCAAUUUCUGCCAGAAUUCCAACUGCGUAUCGAACUUUACAGAAAAUGAGGAAUAAUUUGCUCUACGCCACAGUUUAUAUUUCUUUAAUUUUUGUUUUGCAUAAUACGGCCAGCGCAGUGAAAAUCAAUAGCCUACAAGUCCCGGAGGCAAUCCGUUUAGGUUUCCCGGUGGUUCUCGACUGCGACUACACAAUAGAAGAGGAGGCCGCCGAUGGUCUCGUGGUGAAGUGGUAUUUUAACAAGACGCAAGUGCCGAUAUAUCAGUGGAUCCCGACGAGGCGGCCCCAAGAUUUCGGUAUACUAAAAGGCAGAUUAAAUUUGGAAUAUUCCGCCAGCAAGGAUAUCAAUAGCGUGCACAGGGCUCUUCAUAUCAUGAAGCCCGGACUAGAUCUCUCUGGAGAAUAUACUUGUUCCGUAUCUACGUUUAAUGGUGAAGAUGUCAAAUCGAAGAAGAUGUUAGUGUACGCACCGCAAAAGAACAUCGAACUAAAGCAGACACUUAUAGAUGAAACCGUACAGGUGUCUUGCAUUGCAGAAGGAGUUUACCCAGCUCCGAACAUGACUCUACUCGCCGGAAAUAGCAGUUUGGUGAAUGACUCCGUGGUGACGGUUCAAGAACGUGGAGGUCUCUACAACAUCAAAGCGAGCGGCAACGUUUCAGUCCUCGACGCCCCCGAAGAAUUCUCUUGUGAGCUGCACAUCCCGCAGGCCAAUUACAGUGUCCGGAUAGAAGCCGUGUAUUAUCCCCAAAAUGGCGCGGCCCAGUUGAAAUCGACGACCGUUUUAUUUCUGUGGGAAUUUAUGCUGCUUGCAGCGUACGUGAUGCGCCUCUCAUUUGAGGGAGCCCGAUUCCUAUAGGAAGGGUACCAUCACCGACGACUACCACCGUACUGAAGAACGACGAAUACGUAAAUGUUAUAAGUGUAUUGUAAAAUAUUUUCUAUGAGACGUGUAAAAAUUCAUAUCUAUAUGUUUAAAACAUUUUAAA